AUGCGUUUCGGUCUCCAAUCAAUUGCUACCCUCGCUUUUGUGACUCUUAUGAGUCCUGUCUUAUCAAAGCCCGUUGACUCAGAGGUCGCCCAAAAUGCUCAAGUGGCUAGCAAAGAAAUUUCAGAGAAAUGGUUCACGAACCAUUUCGGUACCGGCAGUCUGUCCUACAAUUAUUAUGCCAAUUUGGGCGGUUGCUUUGCAAAUGGUCUACAAAUCGUCAACUUCAAUAAUGUGAAUUGUGUCUUCAGCGAUUAUAACACCUGCAUUCCUGUCACUGGUGGCUGCCCCGGAGUGGUGUACCCAAACGUGAAUGACUACUUGAAAUACCUCGUGAAUCCCUACCAAACUAUCAACGGUUGGAGAAUCUACCGCGGUCCUGGUUCUUUAGGUUUUUACCAAGGGUACAAUACUUUUGGUGUAUUCCCUUGGUCCAGCGUAGGAAGCUUCAGCAACUAUAUCACCACUGUUCGACAACCGUUUUGGUGA